UUGCUCCUCUUCCUCUUAUAAUGAAAGUCACACAACUGCGUUUUGAAUUUGGCAACAGCUUAGGAUCCUUACUAUCCUUGGCGUGAUGGCUUGGAAAAACCCCCUCCUUCCACAUCAUUCCUUUCGAUGGCACCUGGAAAGCUCUCGCCUGCGGCUUUCAUUAUAUAACGUCGGUUAUUUCACUUUUAAGGUGAACUUGUUAAGGACGACCUCGACGAUAUAUAAUGAAAGUCGCUACAAUUGUAAAUAAAUAUUCAAUAUUUUGGAAUUGGCCACAGUCUAAUCUUUCAAUUAAUUAAAAAAUAAACAGAAUAGUAUUUGUAGUGACAUCAAAAUUUUAAUGCAAUAAACAAUCACCUUUUAACAAAAUUCAAUAAAAUUUGGCAAAUUAACAAAAUUAAUAGUUAUCGAACAAAUGGGCACCAACUAUCAAUAUAUACCGUGCGCUUUACAAGACGAGCUCAGCCGCAUCGCUAAUGCAAUAGUGGCACCGGGCAAAGGUAUAUUGGCGGCCGAUGAAUCGCCCGGUUCUAUGGAAAAAAGAUUUUCACCGUACAAUUUACCAAACAGCGAAGAAAACCGACGUCAAUAUCGCCAACUCUUGUUUACGACCGAAAAUCUACCGGACUACAUAUCGGGUGUUAUAUUACAUAACGAAACUCUCUACCAAAAAGCAGAUAGUGGCAAGACAUUUGGUGAUUUGCUGCGACAUCGUGGCAUAAUCGUGGGAAUAAAAGUGGAUAAGGGCAUUGUACCGCUGCCUGGUUCCUUAGAUGAGGGUACCACAGAGGGUCUUGAUGAUCUCUAUUGCCGUUGCGGCAAAUACAAACGUGAUGGUUGUGAUUUUGCGAAAUGGCGUUGUGUUUUGAAGAUCGGCAAACAUACACCCUCUUAUCAGGCGAUUAUGGAGAAUACGAAUAUUCUCGCGCGUUAUGCCUCCAUAUGCCAGUCGCAGGGCAUUGUACCGAUCGUGGAACCAGAAGUGCUGGUCGAUGGUGAUCAUGACAUCAUUAGAGCUCAAAAGGUGACGGAAACUGUUUUGGCCGCUCAAUACAAGGCAUUGAAUGAUCAUCACGUGUUCUUGGAGGGCACACUGCUGAAACCGAAUAUGAUAUUACCCGGUCAAAGUUCUUGCCGAAAGAAUUCACCUGAGGAAGUAGCAUAUAUAACUGUGCAAAGUUUUCUUAGGACAGUACCAGCUGCUGUACCAGGCAUCGUUUUCCUUUCCGGUGGCCAAUCGGAGGAAGAGGCUGCAGUCCAUUUAAAUGCUAUAAACACUAUAAACUUGAAACGGCCAUGGGAGCUUUCAUUCUCUUACGGACGUGCACUACAAGCUUCGGCGAUGGCAGCUUGGGCUGGCAAAAAAGAAAACAUACCACUUGGUCAGGCCGAGCUUAAGAAGAGGGCUAAAGCGAGUUCGCUAGCCAGAAGUGGUAAAUAUGUUGCUGGUUCCAUACCGCCCUUUAAAGCGGAACAAAGUUUAUUUGUAGCUGAUCACAAAUACUAAGAAGCCGAGAAUGGCAUCACAUAUUAACAGAUAUUAUUGACUUAUACUUAAGCCCUAGCACUUAGAAAUUGAAACAAUAAAAAUUGUAUUACAUGAAACGAA